UUAACCCUUUCGUGCUGAUCAAGUUGAAUCACCGAAUAGGCAAAAGCCGAGUACAUCAUUCUUGCGUCGCUCUCCGUCUUUGCUCGACCUCGUCUCACUCCGUUCUGCCUGAUCCACUCCCGGCGACGCCGAUGUCGAUCUUUGAGUACAAUGGAAGUGCUUUGGUGGCGAUGGUAGGGAAAAACUGUUUUGCUAUUGCCAGCGAUAGGCGCCUCGGCGUCCAGCUCCAGACCAUCGCCACGGAUUUCAGGAGGAUUUAUAAGAUACAUGACAAGCUAUACAUUGGUCUUUCCGGCCUCGCUACCGACGCACAAACCCUGUAUCAAAGGCUGGUCUUUCGGCACAAGCUGUAUCAGCUUCGCGAGGAGAGGGAUAUGAAGCCGGAGACGUUCGCUAGUCUCGUAUCUGCCCUACUAUAUGAGAAAAGAUUUGGCCCAUACUUUGUCCAGCCAGUAAUUGCAGGACUGGGAGAUGACAACAAACCGUUCAUUUGUACCAUGGAUUCUAUUGGUGCCAAGGAACUUGCAAAGGAUUUUGUGGUUGCUGGAACAGCUUCCGAGUCACUUUAUGGUGCUUGUGAGUCCAUGUACAAGUCUGACAUGGAACCUGAGGAGCUUUUUGAGACUAUUUCACAAGCAUUACUUGCAUCUGUGGAUCGUGAUUGUUUAAGUGGCUGGGGUGGCCAUGUCCUAUUUGUGACACCAACUGAAGUGCAGGAGAAGGCCCUAAAAGGAAGAAUGGACUAGACUCGAUUAAUCCCUGCAACAAAGAAUUCAAACGGUUAAUUUUAUUUGAUUCCGUUGCUCUGUAGUUUAACAUGAUUUCCAUAAACCUCUGUGCUAUAAGAAUGCAGCUCUUUUUAUCUGGGUUCCUUUUACAGAGUACUCUCAGAUUGUCUGUCCUUGAGCGGCUCCUUUUGUACUGCUGACUAAUCAGUUGAAUUGAUAUGCAUUGAGUUACUAUUGAUGUUUAUUUUCUU